AUGGCGAGGGUCCACAUGGAUUGCAUUCGAGAGGGGCACAGGCGCCAUUGCUUCAACGUGGGCGACGCUGACCUUCAGAGGUUCGAGAAUGGCGCCACCGCCAUAUUGUCCUCGAAGACCUUCCACCACCAGCCGAAGACGAUCCCGACCACGGUCAUGUGCCAGAGACAGGCGAGCUACUACGGCAUCUGCUCCUUUCACUUGGAGGAUCUGAAGAGCGACAGGCAGAAGAACAAGCACAAUGUCCAUGAUGAUGUCGAGAUGGAGCGCAUGGCUGGCGUUGGCCAGAAACUUUGCAUGAUCGAGCUGCGCCAGUCCGCGGGAAUCGCACCGAUGGCGAUCACGCGCGUCGGCACGACCACGAAGAAGGUGCGCGUCAUCUUCGACAGUCGCACCGCCGCGCCUUGCGCGCAGACCGCUCCGAAUGUCUUCAAGCCGUCACAUGCGCCAGAGAGGCAGUCGUGGUCAGACUUGGCCGCGCGAGUGGAGGCGCAGAACUUGAGAUCGAUCAAGUGGGGCGGGCAUGGGUCGCCAAAGAAGGGCGAGCGUGGCGACGGCAGGAACGUCGAGAACGACGGCCCAUGCCCUGAGGUCAAGGACGUGUGGGGUAUGUUCCAGUGGCCGAUGGACUACUUCGGUGCGGCGGACGCGUCAACUGGCCUCAACGAGGCGCUCCGGCAUGCGAACCAGGAGGACGGGCUGCAGUGCGCAGUUGACGGCGCUGGCGCAGCCUUGACCAGAUUCGUGCACAACAUGACCAUCACCAAGGUGGGCCUCGGUUGGGCGGGCGUGGACGCCCCAGGGACUGCGCUGGCCAUGAUGAGUUGCCAAUUGUUGCAGUACUUCAAGAAUCACUACCCGCAUAAGCACGUGCCCGAUCAGAUCGAUCACGAGAAGAAGGCAGAGCUGCGGCUGUCACCGCACGCGCCGAAGUGCAUGUUCAGCGACUACGAGGGCUUCUGGAAGGUGGAGAUCAAAUCGACGAUCAAUCGUCUGAAAUCGGAGGGCCAGAAGGCGAAGUGCAGCAAGUGCAACAAAAUCUGCAUCAUGGAGUACGUUGACAUUCACGCGGCAGGCGUCUCCUGCAAGCCCUUCUCAAAGUUCGGCAAGCGGGAAGCCCUGAGGUCCGAUGAUCACAUGAGCGCAUUUGGAGCCUGGGCUGGGACUGUGCGGUAUACGAAGCACAAGGUGGUCGUCUUCGAGAACUCGGACAGGUUCAGGGAGCAGACUCUCAUCACCUUGUUCGGCGACAUGUACGCCAUCGGAUGUUUGAAGUUGGGCGGGCCGUUCUUCGGCAGGGCAGGGAAGCGCGACAGGAUCUACGCAGUCAUGGUCAACAAGGAGUUCGUCACCGGGGUGGUGUUCAGCGUGAAGAACGUGCUCCCGUGUUUCCACUGGGUUCUGAAGUGUGCGUUCCUGGAGUUCUUGGCGGCGGAUAAGGGCGGUCGCUUGGGGGGCAACUUGGCCGACGAGCUGGUAUGGGCGCACAACCGACCCACAUCGAGGGCGCAGCGCAAGUACGACACCGUGCACGACCUGGUCAACGCGUCGUCGGAACCAUACUACGACGCACUGACGCUCGGCGAGCUCAAGUUCCUGGGCGAGCGCACGCUGAAGGGCAUCGCUGACGGGCGCGCGGCGAUGCUCAAUCAAAGUGAGGAACGCGGCUACGGCACCAAGAGCAGCGAGGACGGGAUCUUGCAUCCGCUCAUCGCCAACCCAGCCCUGCACUUCGUGGUGAGAAAUGCGAAGGGCAUCAAGAGGUGGAUCACGGGCUACGUGAUGCUGGUGUGCCAGGGCUUCCCCGUGCUCAACGAGCUGAGCAAUCCUGGUGGAGAUUGCGCGAGGACCGUGCAAGUCCCAGUGAUUGGCGCGGUGCUCUGCUACGUUCUCCUCUGCGUGCGGUUCGGCGACACGCACCCGAAGCAGAAGGCAAUCGCUGGGGACUUGGAGGUUCAGAGGAUGCGCCCAGAGGCCAGCGACCCGAUCGACUCGCUGAGCGAGAUUUUCAAAAACAAGGAGCGCAGGAACGGCAAGAAACGCAGGCUCUCGUAG